GUACGCCCCCCACCCCCCACCCCUCGAAACUUCGGUUUCACUUCUGCAGCCAUGUCGGUGUGGAUUGCGGUAGCCAAACCCAAUAUUAGUGCGACAAACCGUUUGGAUUUAAUCAGUUGGCAAUGUACCGGUCGCGGCGCAUUGGUUUGAGAGCCGAGCAGUAGAGAAGCUUGGUGAAAGAGGAGGAUGGAUGGAGUCAGCUGGAGCACCACAAGGGCCCCGGAGUCGUUCAGCCGCUCCAGGACGGCAGCGGACACUCUGUCCAGGCUCGCCAGCUUCAUCGCACGGGCUGAGACCAAACAGCACACACGAAACCAGAGGCAGCGACCUUCCCACCUCCCCACAUAUGUUUGUCCAGAAUGUGGUAAGGGCUUCCCUUAUGCAACAGAUCUGUUGCACCAUCAAGAACUAAAACACACAUUGCCCAAACCCCACCGCUGUCCCUCUUGUGGGCAGGAAUUCUCCUUGAGAUCAUCCUUACAGCUACAUAAGUGCAAUCGUGAUUCCUCCCCAUGUGAACUUUGUCUUGGAGAGUCCGGGCUUGGCUCCCCGUGCCCUGUGUGUACGACUCGCACCUCAGAUCCUAGCAGGCCGCAGGACAAUUCGCUUCACCGCCAGCCUCACCUCCUGGACAGUAGCCCUUACGCUUGUGCCCCGUGUGGGAGAGGCUUCAGCCAGAAGCAAGCUCUGCUGCAUCAUCAGCAGGCUGGUUGUAGUGAACCACCAUCCCCAUCAGAUAUAGUUGAUGCCAGCGGCCUUCCAGAUGAUUCACCUCCAGUUUCUGAGGGAGACUCGACCCGUUCCGAUUCUUCAGACACCCCAGGGCCCAGCAGCAGAGCUGUCAGUGUGUGCCAAUUCUGUUCGAGAACCUUCCGCACAGAAGCGGGACUGCAACGCCAUAAACAAACCAACCAUGCCGAGGAGCCGCUGAUAGCUCCGCAGGGACAAAAGACCAAAGAAGAAUGUACUGGUGGAGAAACAAGGAAAGGAGGGAAUACCAAUGUGAAUCCAGAUCCAAAUAUAAGGCCAAAAUCCAAAAAGAAGCUUCUGAACUGUCGCUCUUGCGACAUGGUUUUCAGGAGCACCUCUAAGCUCUAUGUGCACAGAAAAGAGAAGCACAGUAGAGAGAAAAAUAUUAGGAGAGAACCAAGGCCAGUCAUCAACAUGCGCAGGAGAGGAGACACAUAUCCAUGUCAAGUCUGCGGCAAAGUCUUCUUCCAUCAUUUAUCACUUAGGGCCCAUUACAGACAGCACACAGCCUCAAGCUUCACCACAAUCAAAAACAAAAGCCAGUCCAUAGGAUGUGCCACCAAAGACUACAAGUUAUCAGAAAAUAGAGCACAUAAAGCAAAAACUAGCCUGGCAGACAAUAAGACUGUUAGGGCUGGUCCAGGGAGGCCCAGGAAAGUAGCCAGAAUAGAGACCAAGGUGAGUGAUCAGGGGAGAUGCAAGGAAGUGCCUGAAGUGGAGGAGGAGGAGGAGGAAGAGGAGGAGGAGGAGGAGGAGGAAGAGGAGGAGAGAGAGUUCCCAUGCCCCUCCUGUGCAGAGGUUUUCCCUCUGCAGUCCCAGCUGAGGGAGCAUGUGGAGCUCCACCAGUCCUCCAUGAAGAGGAGACAGUGCAGUGUGUGCACAAAUGAGAUGGACACAUGUAAAUGGCCGGGUUCAAAGAGGCAGAGGCUGUACCACUGUGUGCCCUGUCAGCAGGGUUUCUCAGCGCUUGGCUCUUUCUUAGAACACUGUCAGGAGCACCUGCGAGUCAGGGUGGAGGAGGACAGCAUCUCAGAGGGCUACACGCAGCAGGCCAGCAAAGCCUGAGAUUCAGUUUGAAUGUCAACAACGAUUGCCUUUUUGCCUUGAUGGGUUAGAGAGCAGAGAGUGAUGAGGUCUCUGUGAAAUUCUCAUUUAUUAGCCGGUUCAUUCAUUGAACAUUGAGAACAUUUUGUUUUUAUAUCUACGCUGUUGGCUUAAUUGGUUUAAUGUUUUAAUUUACCCAUACCAAUAUAUCAAGGGUUCAAGAAAAUGGAAUGUUAAAGGACCAUACCAGAGUUUUUGCAUGUUUUAUUUUGCCCUUUUAGUAUAAAUCAUAUAUAAAUUACUGCCAGGCAUUUUCUAAAGCAUACCAUAGUUCUUUAUCAGAUUUUCAGAGGUAUUAUACAUUCUAGACAGCCACUUUAUUCUUUUUCCCUACAGUAUGUAAAUCAUUUUGUGACCAUUUUUUUUAAGUUAAUGUUUAAUGUUAUCACUGCAUGUUAAUAUAUUCGAAAACUGAAGAUUUUAGUGUGUUAAUAUGUGGGUUAUGGGAAAGUCCACCAUCUCAGAUUUGCGACACUUACAGACCAGGGUUGCAUUCCCAAGUUAUGCUGUCGUGAAAUCGAACAAGACAGAAAGCUAAUGUGAUCAUCUGUAUGUUGUUUGGCAGCCAUCUCUAAGAAAAAUUGAAGUAUCACACAAGCACUAGUGUGCACAAAUAAUUAACACUUUUAAACUUUAACUAAUCAUAAUGCCAACAUGUUCACUGGGAUGGAUCUAGGCAGUCUGCAAGUUAUCAUUCUUUAGUGAAAUACACUGAAACCUGUGGCAGCUUUAAAAGUAAAAGUUAAAAAAAAAAAAACUUGCAAAAACACCAGUAUGCUUCUUUAAUAGAGUCUGGCAUAUCCAUUCAUAUUCUACUAUCACUGACAAGCCGAUAUUUCAAACAGACCAGGACCUCGUUUCCCAAAAACUUCUCUUAGCUAAGAUGAUCUUAGCCCAUAGACUUACCGUGGGACUAAGAACAUUUGGGCCUUAAGGUGCUUUUUUGGAAACAAGGCCAUCUGCACAAUCAUGGUACGUUCCAGCCAAAGCACUGCCAGAUAUCUUGUUUGCUAGAGUUUAUUUUUACAUCAGAUAACUGGAGUGCUCUGGCUAAGUAAGCUCGUAUACUGUAUGUCUUUUGCUGUAUUUUACUCAUUUGUCUUACACUUUUGGCCAAUUAGUCACAGAUUGGUUGGAACUCUGGUGGGUCACUGGCUGUAUUGUCACUGUUGUUCAUUAGACCUGGAUAUUGGCACUUGCAUUGUAUCUGUAGCACUGCUUAGAGUACUAGAUGGAAGUUUAGUGCUCUGGUCAAGUCUGCAAAGUAUUUGCAAGUGCUUCACCAAGGUUGGAACAAUAUCACAGACGGAGAAAUAUGAAAAUGUAUUGAGCAUUUUUAUGUGCUGUUUUGAGAUACCAACAUGUGGUAGUUGUUAUUGCCGUAAUCUAUAGAAUGAACAAAAUGGCUGUCGUGGAUAAUUCUACCUAAUACAAUGCCUUUCAUAAUGGCCUGUCUUUUUAGCUGUCUUAAACUCGGGUGAAAUUACCUAGCUAUGCAAAUAGAUAGACUGAUGGCAGCCCUCUGGUAUGUCUAUGAUGCGUGAUAAGUGCACUUUGGUGAAAGAUCAAGGGUCAUCAGAGUUUUUGUGUUUUUUCUGAAGGAUUUUCAGCUAAUGUUUUCAAAGUGCUACUGUGAAAAUAUAGAAAAUGACCUGAUAGGUUUUGAAUCUUACACUUUUUCAAGAUCUUUUGUAAAUUAGUUUAUGGCUCUUUAUAGAUAACAUAAUUAAAACAGUUUUCAAUGUA